AUGGGAUGUGUUGGACAUCAGAACUCCAAUAUAUCUGGUGUGGAUUGGUCAAGAAAGAAACAUUCCAACAAUUAUUACUUACGAUCGUCGUCGUUACUACCAAAGCCAGAGUUGAAAUCAUGGCUUAUAACCGAAGAUGCCGUGAAAGAAGUCGCUGACGUGUCCCACGUGACUGCAUGGUUGACUAACUCUUGCUAUCUCGAUUAUUCCACAAAAGGAAUAUGGGAGGUCUAUUCACCAAAUGAAGUCAAGUCUCUAGACAUCAGCACGCUAUCAACAGAUCCUGAUAUUUCUCUCGAUAAAAACAAUGACGUCACUAACCCGUCAUUGAUGCGGACCCUCGUCAUAGGUGACGUCACAGGGAAUAUUUGUUGUCAAACUUAUCCAUGCACUUCAUGGAAACAACAAGCGACGUUGAAAAGUUCCCACCAUUCGUCAGCGGUGACGUGUUUAAAUGUUCUACCAAACCAAAGAACAAUCGUCACAACAUCUGAGUUCGAUAAGAAUCUUAUCCAAUGGACUUUGGAUGCGAGUUGAACAAAUGUAACUUGUUUAUCCCGACAUGGCGGGGCAACGAUAGUUGGUACAGUAGAAUGGGGGGAGAUGGGACACUUUUUAACUCUAUUUUCUCGUCCCAA